AUGGUGGCUUUUUGGCACGCCAGUCAUUGUCGUAUUAGAUUCACCGGUCCACGGUCAGUUUCCGAUUUCUUCACGGAAUUUCUAAGUCGCCUCCACCCUGACUCUGUUCUCAUCUCCUUUCACUUCUCUCAGAAAUUGAUUGGUUUCAGUUUGCUUCCAUCACAGUAUGGUGCUGAAGUAUAUAGCAUAACUGCUUCACACCCAUUAGUAGAGGGACAAACUCUAGUCUCUCCUGGCCUAAUAUUCGAAUUGGGCUUCUUCAGUCCAAACAUUUUUGCUAAUAAGUAUGUGGGAUUGUGGCACAAAAGUAUCUUUCCCCGUAAAUAUGUAUGGGUAGCUAACAGAGAUAUUCCUCUUGCUGCUACAGACACCUUGGCUACUUUGAGCAUCGGCAGCAAUGGGAAUCUGGAGCUCGUAGAUGGGAAACAGCGUUCUGUCUGGUCAGCCAAUAUAUGUAAUUGUUCAUCUGCAGUUCUCUUAGAUAAUGGAAACUUCAUUGUCAAAGAUGGUAUGGGAGUUGAUUUGUGGCGGUUCUGGAAAAUGGAAGUUCUUUGGAAAAGUGAAAAUGAUCCAUCACCAGGGAUAUUCUUGGUUGGACUAUCAGCAGAGUUGCCGGCACAAUUGUAUAUUUGGAUUAAUGGAUCUACUUCCCACUGGAGAAGUGGACCAUGGGACAAAUCAAGGUUUAUUGGUAUACCCACAUUGAUUCCUCAGUAUCUAGAUCCAUGGACUCUUGUUGAUAAUGUGACACAGGGAACAAGUGGCUAUAUGUCUCCGGAGUAUGCUAUGGGUGGUAUAUUUUCUGAAAAAUCUGAUGUCUAUAGCUUCGGGGUCUUGGCUUGGAACUUGUGGAAUGAAGACAGGGCAUUGGAGUUAGUAGAUAAAGUAUUGGGUGAUUCAUACUCCUCAUUAGAAGUAAUGACAGGCGUGCAUGUUGGGCUUCUUUGUGUACAGGACAAUGCUGCUGAUAGACCAACCAUGACCGAUGUAGCUUUAAUGCUAAACAGCGAGAAAGAUGGUCCACAUCCAAAGAGUUUGCUUCCGUCACAGUAUGGUGCUGAAGUACUAAAUAACAUAACUCCUUCAGACCCAUUAUCCGAGGGACAAACUCUAGUCUCUCCUAGCCUGAUAUUCGAAUUGGGCUUCUUCAGUCCUAAUAGUUCUGCUAAUAAGUAUGUGGGGUUGUGGCACAAAAGUAUAUUUCCCCGUAAAUAUGUAUGGGUGGCUAACAGAUAUAAUCCUCUUGCAGCUACAGACACCUUGGCUACUUUGAAAAUUAGCAGCAAUGGGAAUCUGGAGCUUGUAGAUGGGAAGCAGAGUUUUGUUUGGUCAACCAAUAUAUCUAACGGUUCAUCUGCAGUUCUCUUAGAUAAUGGAAACUUUGUUGUUAAAGAUGUUAUGGGAGCUGAUUUGUGGGAGAGUUUUAAUAAUCCUGGUGACACACAUUUGCCAGGCAUGUUGAUGGGAUAUGAUAGUCAUUCUGGAAAAAGGAAUUUCUUGACCUCUUGGAAAAGUGAAAAUGAUCCAUCACCGGGGAUAUUCUUGGUCGGACUGUCAGCUGAGUUGCCGGCACAAUCAUUCAUUUGGAUUAAUGGAUCUACUCCCCACUGGAGAAGUGGGCCAUGGGAUAAAGCAAAGUUUAUUGGUGUACCCCCAAUGGAUUCUCAGUAUCUAAAUCCAUUUUCUAUUGUUGAUAAUGAGACUCAGGGAACAAGGUAUUUAUCUUACGGUUUUGACAAAAUUCCUGGUGAGAAAAUUCUUGCAUAUGGGGACAUAUCUUCAAAAGGUAUAUCGAGAUUCUUUUUUUCAGUAAGUGGCAAUGGCAAGAACUGGUAUCUUAAAUGGGAGACAUGGAAAACCCCUUGUGACAAUUAUGGUGCCUGUGGACCUUUUGGGGUUUGCAAAUCUUCUAAAUCUCCAAUCUGCAAGUGUUUGAAAGGGUUUAUACCCAAGUCAAAUGAGGAAUGGAGCAAAAGAAACUGGACUGGAGGUUGUGUGAGACGAACAAAUUUGUCUUGUGAGAUGCACAUAAAUGAAUCAGUCUCAUCAAAAGGAAAAGAUGGGUUUUUGAAAUUAGAAAGAUUGAAAGUUCCCGAUUUUCAUCAAUAUCUGAGUUCUUUGGCUCUAGACAAGUUCGAGGACUGCAAGAUACAGUGCCUGAGUAAUUGUUCUUGCUUGGCUUAUGCAUAUAUUGACAACGUAGGGUGUUUGGUCUGGUCCAAAGACCUUAUUGAUAUGCAGCAGUUUCCAGCUUUUGGGGAAGAUCUUUAUGUCCGCCUAGCACACUCAGAACUAGGUGAAGGAAAAUCGAUAAAGUUAAUUGCCAGCCUUACAUCUAUUGGAUUUAUGAGUAUCUUAGUUGUUAUAGUCUUCAUUUUGCAAAGGUGGCGUGCUAACCAAAAGCGAUACGACAUAUUAACAGCCCGGCGCUUGGAAUCAACUAGUAUGACUAAGAUUCAUAGAGACAGUCUUCGAGAAUAUAUAGAGAAGCAUGAUGCCUCAGAGCUAAAGAUAUAUGAUUUUGAUAGCAUACUAAUCGCCACAGACAGCUUCAGCAUCACAAACAAAAUUGGGCAAGGAGGUUUUGGCCCAGUUUAUAAGGGGAUGCUACCAGAAGGGAAGGAAAUAGCAGUAAAAAGACUAUCUAGUAGCUCAGGACAAGGUGUCGAAGAGUUCAAGAAUGAGAUGCUAUUGAUCCCCAAUCUUCAACACAAAAACCUUAUUAGGAUGAUGGGUUGCUGUGUUAAAGAGGAUGAGAUGUUACUGAUUUACGAGUUCAUGCCAAACAAAAGCUUGGAUACUUUUCUAUGUGAUCUGACUAAGAGAGCUGUGCUUGAUUGGGCUACACGCAUUAAUAUUAUUCAGGGUGUUGCUAGAGGGCUUCUUUAUCUCCAUCAUGAUUCCUAUGUGAAAGUGAUACAUAGAGAUUUAAAAGUCAGUAACAUUCUCUUGGAUGAGAAAAUGAAACCAAAAAUUUCAGAUUUUGGAUUGGCACGUAUAGUUGAAGAAACACAGAGUCUAGAAAAUACUCAAAAGGUUGUUGGAACACGUGGUUAUAUGUCUCCAGAGUAUGCCAUGGGUGGGGUAUUUUCUGAAAAAUCUGAUGUCUACAGCUUUGGGGUCCUGGUAUUGGAGAUUGUUAGCGGCAAGAAGAAUACCAGCUUCUAUUUAUAUGAACAACAGCUAGGCUUCCUUGCAUAUGCAUGGAAGUUGUGGAAUGAAGGCAGGGCAUUGGAGUUAGUAGAUGAAGUAUUUGGUGAUUCAUAUUCCUCAUCAGAAGUAAUAACAUGCGUGCAUGUUGGGCUUCUUUGUGUACAAGACAAUGCUAUGGAUAGACCAACCAUGGCGGAUGUAGCUUCAAUUCUAAGUAGCGAGAAAGAUGGUCCACAUCCGAAGAUGCCUAUAUUCACUAUCCAAAAUUCAGCUUAUCAUCUUAGACUAUCCUAUGAAAAUACUAAUUCCUCCAAAAAUGAAUCUAGCAUUACGACGAUCGAAGGACGUUAG